UCACUCUCUUUAAUCUGUGAUAAUAUUCUUCAUCAAACAAAUGCUUAACCAGUUGUACCUUUACAGAAUAUUUCAGCUCUUUGUAAUAAUUAUAUCAAUGAAAAAUUUCAUUGCUUUCAGAGCAUAAGAUAGUUAUGGUCGGUUUAGACAAUGCUGGAAAGACGACUAUAUUGUACCAAUUCCUGAUGAACGAAGUUGUUCACACAUCUCCAACCAUUGGCUCUAACGUCGAGGAAGUGGUGUGGAAGAAUAUACAUUUUAUCAUGUGGGAUUUGGGUGGCCAGCAAAGUUUGAGGGCUGCCUGGUCCACUUACUACACAAACACCGAGUUUAUCAUUAUGGUUAUAGACAGUACAGAUCGAGAGCGACUCGGUGUAAUUAGGGAAGAGCUGUAUUCGAUGUUGAAUCACGAGGAGUUGAGUAAGGCCAAUGUUCUGGUCUAUGCCAACAAGCAAGACUUGAAGGGCAGCAUGACUGCGGCCGAGAUUUCGAGACAAUUGGAUCUGACAUCUAUCAAAAAGCAUCAAUGGCAUAUACAGAGCUGUUGCGCUCUCACGGGAGAAGGGCUGUACCAGGGUCUAGAAUGGAUUGUCGGACGCUUGAAAAAGACAUGACGUACAUUAUGAGAGUCGAUUAUAAAUCUAAUGAAAUAUCCAAAAUGUAAAAUAUGUUAUUAAGAUAAGUAUCUCUCAGUUACACACACACUUUGACAGUUGUACGAAAGAGAAAGGUAGCCUGGGGACUGUCGUAUUUCGUUAGUCAUUAUUUAUAUCUCCCGGUAUGACUCUCAAACGCGAGCAUUUCAACGAACGGUGGACGGGUGAAUCUGCGUUUUAGCUAUUAUAUCGCGAAAGUAACAUGUAAACGCAAUACAAACGCGCGGCUAUUUAUGCGAUAAAGAGAAAGUUCGGUAUUAAUUAUUAUGUAAAGUAUAUGGCUAUAGUACCAAGUUUUCUCUUGUCUACAGUACGAUAUAUGGAAAAAUAAAUGAAGAUAGAAAAGUACAAGACAAAGUAUUAGGCGCGCACAUAAAAAAAAAAAAAAUCAUUUUUUUAAU